GUUUAUUGAAAGCUGUGAUUUAUCGGUUAUUCUGCUGUGUGUCUACAAAUUCGUUGCGUUCAAGAAAGUUCCAUGGUGUUAUCCGUCUAGGUGAACUCAUAUCAGCUGAUCUUGUCUCUUCUUUCAAGCAAUUCUAUUGAGAUCCGCAACUGGGUUGUGAUAAAUACUUCAUUUCAGUCAUAGGUCAAGCUCUGAAUCUCACAACCCCAACUUGGGUUGUUUUGAAAAAAGCAACAUAUUUUCAAGUCCAGGCAACAGCGCGGAAUCCUAGUUAUAUAUUGGCAUUUGGCAUCAAUUUGCACUUAAGGUUUUGAGACAAGGUUCGUCGGGAGAUGCAUAGAUGGAGGGAAAAGGCAGCAUCUUUCAGUAUCGAGGGAGACUGGACAAGACACUGGCAUCUCCUGCUCUUGCAAAUGAGGAAACUCUCAAGACCCUUGUGAAGAAUCAAAUCCUGCGUUCAUCAGAAUGUGAAAUUGAAGGAUGUAUUGACAAUGUUGUAGAAAAAAGAACCAAGGACGUAUCAAACUUUGUGGGAAUGCUGAGGAGUGCUUCUAUAAAUGAUCACGAAAGGCCAAAAUCUAGUGAAGCACAGCGUUGUUGGAAGAUAAAACAGGAUACCGAAGAGAUUCGUGUUAUGUAUAGAGAAGGUCCAGAAGGCACUCCCUUUCAUGCACUACUCGCUGAAGGCUACGUAGAUGGGCCUGCAGAUGUUUGUAUGUGUAUCUCAUGGGAGUCGGGCCUAUACAAGAAAUGGUGGCCUCAGACUACAGUUCCAACUUUCAAGGUUAGCUCCUCUGAGUGUUUGCAAAAAGUCAGAAUUGGUGAACAGAUAUCUUUAGUGAGGAUGAAGCUUUCAUGGCCAGUGUCAGCAAGAGAGGUUUUAGUGCAUUACUUUGAAUUUGAGUACUGUGAAGAUGAUCUGAUUGUAGUGCUUCUAAACUCGAUCUCUGACUCUGAGGCCAUUGAUAAAACUUCCCAUGGGUUCUCCAAAGAUGGGAUACCUGAUGCACAGGAUGUUGUAAGGAUGGAUUUGGUGGGAGGCUUUGCUAUACAAAAAGUUAGUGAGGACAGAAGCUACUUCCGGACAAUAGUGAACAUGGAUAUUAAGUUGGACUUUGUGCCUCCAGCAUUCAUUAAUUUUAUCUCAAGGCAGCUGAUAGGUAGCGGUUUCAAGCUUUAUAAAAAGGAAGUCUCUUCUGUGCUAAAAGGUGAUGAAGAUUUUGGCAAGGCUUUAAAGGACCCACUGUAUGCCCGAAUACGUGAGGCUCUUUAUGCAGCUAAUAAAUCAAAUGGGGUUCAGGAACCACAGGACCUGAAGAUUGAUACAUGCAUUCAGCUCAAAGGACAUCCAAUGGAAACCAUGCAGCCUCAAGAAACGAAUGAGACUAAUAAGGUUCUUGAUGAGGAUAAUGCAACUCACUCUGCAACAGAGGAUACUGUGGUUGUAAUUAAGAACUCUAUUGGUGAAAUUGAGGAGAUUGACGAAGAAGAGAUUGAAGAAAGUAAAUACUUGGAAGAGGAUGGGAAGACAUUCUGUAGUCCUCCAACUAAUGGAGUUGCAGAAAACUGUUGCAUAAACAAUAAAAAGAAAGUUGUUAUUAGUGCUGAGGUAGAACAAGCCCUGGGAACAUUGGAGAAGGCCAUUUCUAUUUUUCGGGGUUAUGGAUUUAAUCCCAAAAGCAGAUCUCUGCUGGGCACCACUAACGAAAAGUUGAUAAAUUCAGAGCACGAUGCAACAAAAGACUCAAAAUCCUCAGAAGAUCAAAUUUGUCCAAAUGGCGGGGCUUUUGUUGAAGCAUCAAAAACUAAGUCAAUGGAGAGGACCUCACAUGAACCCAGGAACAGCUCUGGCAGUCAUGACUCCAGAACUUUUAUAGCAAUCACUCGAGAGCUGAGAGUGUGACUUUAAUCCUUUUUUAAGGCGUACAGGGUCCCAAUCUUAUGCAAGGGAAACAAAUCACAACAGGAUAGCACCGGCAUCACCAGAAGAAGAUGUGCUAAAUCCACGUGAGACUCACCAGAUUGCUGCAUGGUCCUCUGAAAAUCAGGCAACAGAGACAGCAGUUUUGGAGACAAUGGAAGGCGGGGAUAAGCUGGUCACUACCUACGAAAUUGGGCUUGAUGAAAAUGGUUUGACUAAAAGGAAGAAUAAAAAACUCAGGUUCUGUUGCUUGCACUUUCCUUUUGGGCAGCUAAUGGCUUGAAACCGAACAACUUAAAUUGGGCAGAAAUGCUGAUUCUGUAGCUUAAAAAGUAUGAAGAACUGCAUUUGGUUUCGACAGAGUUGAUAUGUAACAUCCUAUAGGAUAAUGUCAAUGCUUGGUUGUGGAACAGAUACUGCUAUGCUCGGAGCGUUAUGCAUCGAUAGAAAGUUGAGCAUUGCGCAUCGAUAGAAUAGUGAAGGUUUGUAAACCUGUAGGGUCUGGUGCCAAUUUUCAUGUGACAUAUAUAGUCAUUCUGCCAUACUUGUUUCAUACAACUGAUGUUGUACUUGCCGAGUGCAUAUGAUGUAAAACUCGUACCAUUUUCGGGUUAUAACUAGAAUCUCAUUUUUCUGG